CUACAGGUAAGCCAGUAGGCAAAACCCCGAUUCUCUUUGGGAAUUACAAACUCAUUAUGAGCGGACCCAUAUCUGUGGACAGCCAAGAUCUUGUCCCUGUCUGCCCUCUGGAUGUUACAAAUACAGCUUCUCGGGGUUUAUCUGAAAGCAAUGAGGAGCUGCCUGUCUCGCAAUAUUGAAAAUGCGCAGUUGGACGGAAGACACAUUCAUCUUUCGUUAUCAAGCUCGGCAUGCAUGGAUAUUCUGAGUUUGUCCAACUUGGACUCCAUAACUGGGGACUACCACACGGCGGAGAAGUCCGCAAUGUCUUCUUCCUUGCUGAUAGGACAAAAUCGUCCUGUCAUAAGGUCAGACCAGCAAGCCGCGACCUUGACAGCGCAAGCUAGUCAGGCGCUGAAACUGAAUUCGCGACGACACUGUUUGAUUGGGACGGCGAGUGCCGGCGACAUCAUGACUUUUCGGAUUCUGUCCAGAACAUUCUUCCUCCCCCAAGCUUCGACGGAGAACUAAAAGAGCUACCCCGCAAAAUAUGAAACGUCGCACCGUUGGCGCGGCCUGAAUAGUCUCUUAUUCUACCCGCUUGAAUCUGGGGAAACUGUGUUUUGGCUAGCGGGCGGGUCCGAACGCUAGGGUGGCAUUUUGAAGUUUCCCGAAACGAGGAUUUGAGAGCUAUCCUACCUGUAUUAUUAAUAAUUAUCGAGCCGGUGUCCUAACUGUAUUAACCUGGCUGGUUCAAUCGAUUGACACAUGUUAUGAACGACGAUCGGAUCGAACUCGUGCAGAGUGAAGCACUCAGGGGCUUACUGAGAUAGGCAGAAUUGAAGUCCGUAGAAGAUUGAUUAGUUAUAUCGUUCUUGUGUAAUAAAAUAUAACUAUACCUGGUACAAUGGCAUGGCCCUGUAGCGACCUGGAUGGGCAAGUGGGAGUGCAUGCACGUAAACAGAUGUGAUGCCCUGAUCUGAGAAUAACGAAGUGCACACGAAACAACCAACAAUACCACCAUUCGUGUCAAAAAACAUAUUCAACCAAACUCUGUGAGGGGCAUAGAAAGAAAGAUACGGCAAAAAAUAGGAUACAA